CAGCAACAACAACAGCAACAUCCACAUCUCCACAACAGCUGAAAACGUGGCUGGCAGCAGCUCACGAAUCGGUCGCCAGAGCGGCUCAAGUAUGUGCUUCGCAGGCGGCGCCACAAAUGGCGCUCAGGGCGGUGCUAGCACUUCAUCCGGCAGUGGUGCGGGCACCAGCGGCUCUAGCGGUUCAGCCGCAUCGAAGGCGGACAAACAAAGGGACGGCGGCGGUGGCCUCUGCGGCUGCCAAAAGGCGCCCAAAUCGCAUUGCAUAUCAGCGACAGGUGUUUUGCUUUUGGUACUGCUCUAUACGGCCAUGGGCUCGAUUAUAUUUGUGACACUCGAAGGCGAACUGGAGGAUGGAACAGCAUUAGAGACGGCUGUGGCCGCCUCCAAGCCCUAUCCGCGCACCGAGCUGGCCAAUGCCGAGAUACGUUCCAGAACUGUUGAUCGACUGUGGUCCAUAACCGAGGAUCUGAACAUACUUUACAAAGAGAAUUGGACACGGCUGGCUGCCCAGGAGGUGCAAUUGUUCCAGGACACGCUGCUGCGUGCGGUGCGCCAAUCGAAGCUCUAUCAGCCAGGCGGCGUGCAAAUGAAUGCACCGACGCACAAGUGGACCUACGCCUCGGCCUUUCUCUACUCCCUGACAUUAAUUACAACGAUAGGCUACGGCGGCAUUUCGCCGCGCACCCAGUGGGGCCGCGUGGCUGCUCUUGUCUACGCCCUAUUCGGCAUACCCAUCGUCUUGCUCUAUCUGUCCGCCAUGGGCGAGGCCCUUUCCACCGGCAUGCGCUGCCUGUUUCGCCGGCAGCGUGCCAAGGGCAGCGUUGCCAGUGGCCCCACACCUGGACCUAGUGGCAGCCGCAAACCAGACAAGGCCAAGGGCCAGCAAUACGGACACCCGGGUACUAGCAAGAUGCAUCAAUACGGCGUUCCGCCCUCCGUCUACCAACAGCAGCAGCAGCAGCAGCAACAGCAACAACAGCAACAGCAGCAACAGCAACAACAGCAGCAGCAGCAGCAGGGAGCUAAAACCGCCUUAGAUGGCUCGUCCAGUGUACCAAUCUCGAUCUGUGUGUGCGUGCUUGUGUGCUAUGUGACCAGCGGAGCAAUAUUGUUCCACAAGCUGCAGAGCUGGAGCGUGCUGGAGUCGCUGUACUUCUGCUUCACCUCGCUGGGCACCAUUGGCUUCGGCGAGCUGGCACCCAGCGGCACUUUGACAUUGUAUAUGGCCUCUGCAUACAUAUUGGUCGGCAUGGCUGUGGUGGCCAUGUGCUUCAGCUUGAUACAGACGGAGAUUGUUAUGUGGCUGCGUCGCUUCAGUGUGCAGGAUCAUGUCACGCCCAAGGUAGAGGAGUUGACUCUCGUUACGGUGCCAGUGACGCCUAAGCCCUCCUGACAACGACCCAGCGCUGAGAUGCUGGGUGCCAGCGGCAGCGCUGCGAUUGGCACUGGCGCUCAGGCUCAGGCCAACAGUCUAGGCCAGCAUCAGACCAUGUUCUUUGGCCCGGCGCACACAUUGACCCAGUACAGCUCGCUGCCACGUCGCAGUCACUUGCAUGGCGGAGUCGGAGGCGCCUCGUCGUCGGCCUUCCAGCGGAAUACACCUAUACGCCGCUCGACCGGCAUACCGGAGCAUCACAUGGAGUACUUUGUGCCGCGCAGCAUAAGCGAAUUUAAUUUAUCCGGCGUUGGCGACUUGGCGCUGCCACCACCGCGACGCUUCUCUCCCAACAUGAGCGGCAUGGGCAUGCCCAUGGGCAUGGGCGUCGGCGUCAACAUGGGCGUCAACAUGGGCAUGGGCAUGGGCAUGGGCAUGGGCAUGCCCCAUGGGCUGCAGCUGGGACCGCCGCAGACGCUGCUCUGUGGCGCCGGCACACCAUCGCAACCACCGCCAGCCCAGUUGCAAAUUGUGACGCUCAAGCCGCGCAGCGAGAAAAUGGUUACGUUCGAGGAUGAGUCGAAGUCGGCUGCCGGCGCUGCUGCUGGCACACAUUGUCCGCACGGUGUACCCACCACGCCACGCAAGUCGAGCGGCGCCACCACAGUGGACCUGUUCAUGUGACCAGCCACCUGACAGACGGCCGGUGCGGAUCAACAGCCACGCCCCAAUGCCAGCGACAGCGCCGACGACGAGCUAAAUGCAGCGCUGCGACUGCGCGACAGCAUCGACGAUGCCCUCUGCCCGAAACAGGCACCGGGAGAGGUGAUUCGCGUUUAAGUAAAGCAGCAUCCAUCUCGCACUGUAAGUAUGUGCACACAGAGAGGCGGGAGCGAGAGAGAGAGACAGAAAGGGAGAGGGAGUGUCCUACAAAUUGGGAGUUACUGCAGGCUAAUUAGGUGAAUAGCUUAACUACAACAACAACACUGAAUGCAAGCUAAGCUAAUAUUUGUGAAAUAAAUGCGUGUAAACACAGCAAGCAGCAGCGACUGGCAGAUACCCUGUAGCCAGUGUCGAGGCAUGAACAUUUUCUUUGAAGCAUUCAUCUCUACA